CGAAUAAAACCGACGGUUUCCGCGAAUGUGCGAGCUGCCUCCUUGCAAGCAGCCAUAAUUGGGAUUAUUCAGGAAUAAUUCGCCUAAUCCAGCCGUGCUGUUUUUGUUUUUGUUUUUCCUAUUUUUUCAUUUGAUUUCGACAGCGUCUGCGAUGUGAAGCCCUCUGUGCCGUCGCUGGAUUUGUCCAAAAAUCAUGUAUUUGUUCUGUCACGGAGGCUUUUAUUUUGGACCAUUAAGAUGUAGUCCACCUUCGCUGGACAGCAAAACAAAGACUGCAUAUUAACAGUUCAGGGUAAAUACAUCGCCUUUUACGCCGAAAGAUGGGGAAAAGAGACGUAUCGCGGCUGUUGUCUGUGUGGACUAAUUGUCCUGGUGCCACUAGUCAAUAUAAAUGCCAAGACGAUUCAUUUAGGGGAUGCGCGAUCUUUUUUUCCUCUCUAACGUUUGUGGGUGGGUUAUUAUAAGCAUUGAAAAUCUGACAUCAUUUGGAUAUAUGAACAGAGCAAGAUAUGUUAUUUUUCCACCGCGUGUGUUUCUAGGCUUCUGGAAACCCAUCCUCGACGUGAUGCAACAUAAAAUCUGUUUUCUCGGAUGAUAUUCAGACACCAAAUGAGCACCUUCUUCUCCAUGAAAAUGUAAAAGGGUGGCGGUGGAUUUUUUUUUGUGUGUGUGUGUGAGUGUUUUUUGUAUGCAUAUCUUUUAAAUGUGGCUUUACAUCAGUCCUCAUUCUGGAUUUUUUUUUUUUUUUUGAUCAGCUGUUGAUUAUUAGGUAGCCUCUGCCCGUCUUAUGUUUAUUAAAUGUUGCUCAGUUCGCUUUCCUCGCGAUGGAUUUAUGCAUAACAGGUGUUGUUUGAGCCUGAGAGCACACAGCAAGACCAUGCAGCUUUAUUAUGUGCUUUUCUCUCCAUUUAACGAACACUGAAGCAAAGCGACUGGGAUCCCUUUUUUUGUUUUUUUUUGCUUCUCUUUUUUUACCGUGAGGAAAGAAAGGAUGCAAAAAUGAGGGGAUGAAAGGUGGCGAGGUUGUGGACAAAGAGGAAAGAUGAUUCUGUCUUGUAGAAAAGAUCCUUACGGCCUCUCCUUGUAAAGACGAGAGAGCCGUGGGAGACGACGGCUGUAGGAGGAUCUGUACUGUUUUUAAAGGGGCCCAAACCAGGCAGGCUCUUGUGGAAGGGGAAAGAAUGGCUAACCAGAGCUUUGCCAUCGAUGGCCCUGGCAGUUUGCUGGCUGUGCUGGCCUCUCAGAGUGGACUAGCAAGGGGCGGCAGCAGCAGUGACAGCAGCAACAACAAUGGAGGAAUCUCUGCCACAGAUGUGUCUGCCUACUUUAAGCUGGUCUUCUUGGGGUUGAUCAUCUGUGUCAGUCUUGUAGGCAACCUCUUGGUCUCCCUGCUGGUCCUGCGAGACAGGACGCUUCACAAGGCUCCCUAUUUCUUUCUUCUGGACCUGUGCCUGGCCGAUGCAGUUCGCUCUGCUGCCUGCUUCCCCUUCGUGCUGGUUUCCGUCCACAACAGCUCGGCCUGGACUUACAGUGCCUUGAGUUGUAAAGUUGUGGCUUUUAUGGCUGUGCUGUUUUGUUUUCACGCUGCCUUCAUGCUGUUUUGUGUGGCUGUCACUCGCUACCUUGCCAUUGCCCACCACCGAUUUUACGCCAAACGUAUGACCAUCUGGACCUGUGCCGCCAUCAUAUGCAUGGUGUGGACUCUGGCAGUCGCCAUGGCGUUCCCACCCGUCUUUGACGUGGGGACUUAUAAGUUCAUUCGUGAUGAGGAUCAGUGCAUUUUUGAACACCGCUACCUGAAGACCAACGACACCCUGGGUUUCAUGCUCAUGCUGGCUGUGGUGGUCCUGGCUACUCAUGGCUUCUACGCCAAGCUGCUGCUGUUUGAAUACAGGCACCGCAAGAUGAAACCUGUCCAGCUGGUGCCCGCUAUCAGCCAGAACUGGACCUUCCACGGUCCCGGGGCCACAGGUCAAGCUGCAGCUAACUGGAUCGCAGGGUUCGGUCGUGGUCCCAUGCCACCUACUCUGUUGGGCAUCAGGCAAAAUUUACACAAUCAGCACCGGCGGCUGCUGGGGAUGGAGGAGGUGCGAUCAGAGAGGAGGCUGGGCAGGAUGUUCUACACCAUCACCCUGCUCUUCCUGGUCCUCUGGGCACCGUACAUCGUGGCGUGCUUCUGGAGGGUGUUCGUAAAGUCCUGCACCAUCCCUCAUAGGUACCUUUCCAUCACAGUGUGGAUGAGCUUCGCCCAGGCCGGAGUGAACCCCAUCUUCUGCCUCCUGCUGAACGAGGACCUGAGGAAAGUGCUGAGAGCUCAUCUGCCUACUUACUGGAGGACUAAACAACACCUGCCCCAGGAUGAGGCCUACUGCAUCAUGUGAGAUUAAAAUGAGCCUAAAGAGGGGGAAUUUGGAGAGCAGAAGGGUUGCAAUGCACCUUGCUUAAGUGUCAAUGUCUGUUUUGUUGUUUUGCACAACAAAAUCCAAAUUUUGCUAACAAAUGCAGGCACAGUGCCGAUAUCUGAAGAAUGUUUAUAUGUGAAAAAAUGUAUGAGUUGCAAAGGUUUGGAUAGGGCAGUAGAAAUGCAAAUGGUAACAAGGUUAAGGGUUUGUACCGUUUGACGGACUGUAUAAUUAAUAAAUUGGAAAGAUCACAACAAUCACCGCUCCAGCUAAGUGUGUCAGAUGCCAUUUUAAAAUAACGUUGCCUUAUUUCAGAGGGACACGCCCCAGAGCUUUCAGCUGAGAAUGCGUUUCUGUGUCACAUAAGGCACAAAACAGACACAGAGAGGCUUGAAAUCCUUGAAGAAAUGUGCCGUGGACUGUGAAUAGAAAGUGUUGAUCAGAGCGUUACUAACUCUGAAACACAUCAAGGAACUCAAAGGGUCUAAAUGGAUUGAUAGACCACCCUGGACGCCUUUUCAUGUAAUUCAAAAGAGACUGCAGAAUAUCAAGUGGACUCAAUAACCUUGGAUACAUUUAAAUAGCUGUUGUGAUCCCAGAAGCCCCUAACAUGCUUGAUUUUUUUGGACUUGAUUUAGGGCGUGUCAGGUUUCUUUGUAUCAUAAAAAAAAAAUUGCCUGUUUUCCUUUAUUUGUAAACAAUACAUGUUAAGCAGAUGACACUAUUUUGAAAUAUGACUUGAUUUCAUAUUGUAUAGACCGUACAGGAAUCUAUAUUCCUGUUUGUGUUUUUAUAGAGCAUUUGUGUGUAUGUGUGUGAAAAAGAAAAAAAAGGCAGAAAGAAAAAAAAUGCAGAGGGAAGUGGAAGGAGACAGAAAGAAAUAAUGAUGAUAGAAAAGGUUCCAGUAACACUGAGUCAAUAUGAAAGCAGCCUCAUCUUGUGGUCUCAAAAUCAUGGAAAAUUGAGCAAUCUCAUCAUAUGGAAAUUUAUCCUUCAAAUGGAUUUUUAAGCUGGAUUUUUAAUGCUAAUGUGCAAGCAAUUGUGAAAUACAGAUGGAUAAUGAAAAAAAGGGAGACAGAAUAAUUAGAAAACAACAGUUGUACAUUGAAAAUAGGCCAUAGGAUUUAAUGACUUGAAUGAUGAUGUAUAUUACGUUAUUUGGAAAAAAAAAAACAUUAGGAAGUGUACAUUUAUUUGCAAAUGACGAUCUUGGGAAUGUUUUAAAGUGCUGUUUUGCUCUCACCAGAAUACAAAAAAAAAAAAAGAGAGAAAAUGAAGUGGCACUUAAUUUGAAUGAAACUUGAAUGUUACCGGGCCAUCUUAUAUCCCCCCCCACCCCCGAACAUUAAAGCCAGCACUUGAGUGUCUGGAUCACAGUAUGUUUAAAUCCAAACAUCUUCAGGUUGUAUACGACCCCCAAUUUGUGUGGUGUAUGAAAACUGGCUUAGACUACACUGAAUUGUCUCUCCAAAUUACAAUUCAUGUGACACAAAUGUCUGACCUACAAUAUGUUAGGCAUAGAUAUACACGUGCAGUCAAUUUUUUUUAAAUGUGGACACUUGCACAGCAUACUGUACUAAGCAUGCAUUCCACUGCAUUUCAUAGAUUCAAAACUGGGGAUUACAACUUGUACAGAUGUUGUUAUGGAAAGAAAAAGUGAAAAGUGAACAGAGGUCCAUAAUUUUUACGUCUGGCAUUCCCUCGCGAGAUGAUAUUCUGUAACUGUACAGUUUAACUGAGUUGGUUCUUUUGCCCACUCAUCAAUAAAGACUCUACUUUUGAUGCAUUCUGAUUUAUGACCUGUCUCGAUUGCGACGCGGGCCCAGUGGACAGCACUUUACACAAAAUAGGCCACUUAACAGUUUGUGCAGCACAAAUUGCACCCUGUGUCCAUUGUUGUUCUCGAACACAUACAAAAAAAGCUGAAUUUAUGACACAUCGGUCUAUCAUUGUACACUUCACUGGAUGAAAUGAAAAAGUCAUCCCCUCCACUGAGCACUGACCAACAACCACUAUACAGUCAAAAAGCUUUGUGAUUUUCUUCUCCAGUAGCAUUUCAGACCUGUGGAGACAGGUGUCACAAAAAAAAGAACUGAAAACAUAAAAUAUAUGGACAAAAGUACCAGCCCACCUACACGUCACACCUGCAGGAGCUUCUCAGCCAUGAAAACCAAAAACCAUAAAGCUCCUGGUCCACAGUUUUAAUGCCAGAGAGGGUUUGUAACUCUAAAUGGGACUGAAAACACCUGAUAGGCCCAUACAGUGCAUCACUGAAUUAUGAGUAUGUGGAGCUUCAUAAAAAGGCAGCUUAAAUGCUCAUUUCCACCUCCAUAUGUUUAUUCAAAGCCUCUUCAGGAGAAGCUCUGGAUGAUUCAGUGUUAGAAAUAAUCCCUAUUUAUUUAAUACUUGGUUCAUCAUCUUGGUGACAUCACAGAGAGCCAAAGGUAGCAGAAAUGUAAGAAAGAGAGCAUUUAGAUCAGUUGAAGCCUGAGCUUUUGGAUCACAGACAUUACUUGCAAAUAUGCUACCCCUAUCCUUGACGCUAAUAUGAGCGUCUUCUAUUGUAACAGUGCAUACAUGCAGAAAAUAAGGAAAAUCCAAACUGGCCUUUUUGAAUAUAAUGAAACAUUCCUGCAAUAAAACCAAAGGUCACAUUAUGCAACUCUAGGAUGUUCAUAAGGUCACUAUAAAGUGUUGUUUAUACCAGACGAAGCUAAUCUUUAAGGUUCAAAGUGUACUCAACUGAAUGAAUGAAACUGAUCCAUUUGAAAGUGGAAGACGGUGUUAUUUUCUUUUUUCAAAUGUUAAAAAAGUCUCAAUUCUCACAAUGAAACAGCAAAAAAAUCUGACAAAUAAUGCAUAAAUAUACUAAUGGUCAUGCACAGGAGUAACCUCUGGAGAUGAUGGGUUGCAGUAAUUUCAUAAUCAUUAGUAUUUCUGUAUUGGUUAGAUUGUAUGGUGCAUUCUAAAAGAUAACAAUUAAUACAGCAGAAAACUGAAAAAACAGCCACUGUAUAAAUUAUGUAAAUUAAAAGUAGCUUUUUCUUUCUGCUACCCUUUUCAAGUGGCAGCUGUUGAAUCUUUUGUGCAAACUGCAGAAAGGGUUUUAAGGGGUAUCUAAUCCCUCAAAAGACCAGAAAAACACAUUUUAUAUUUUAAAACGGGCAGAAUUAGUGCUCAUGCUAAGAUAUUUGGAUCUAUAUCCUGGAUAUAAGGAUCUAAAGAAUAGUAGACAUACGAUCAUAGAAAAUAAUUUUGGAUAUACUUUAGGGUUAACUCCUCUGCAGGAUAAGAAACAUUAAUGUAGUGUAAAAAAAACCCAGCUCAUACAGAUUCCACAUGUACAGCAAGCCUUAUGCAACAGCAGUGCUUCUGACACGUUAAAAGAAAAUGGAUGACUUGGAAGAAAAAUACUUCAUUGUUGUAAUUAGGACAUGAUUGAAAUCCAGUCACUGUGUGGUUAUGUAAUGUCUUGAUAAACAAUUAGCCUAUAUUUUAAAUUUGAAUGACAGAUAAUUUCCUUUGUCUUAAUUGCUGUGCUCAAGCUGAUGAAAAGGAUGUUUCUAUAGUGAGCAGCAUCAAUUGUGUGAACGCCCUCUAAAUAGUCCAGGUUUAACAGGUUGCAUCCAACUGUGCCUCUCUGUCUCCCCAGAACUGAUGCUGAAGAUUCAUCUAAGUGCUUAUUUUUAGUUUUCUUCCCACUUCUCUCCAAGAUUCACAACAACAUAGGCGGUAUUACUCAUUUGUGAAAGCUCACCCCCGCCCACUGUACGUUCUGAGGAUGCAGAGUGCUGCAUAGGCCUUGUUGCACUGUCCUAUCAGAAAACAUGUGGUCACGCUGGUGAAGUUUGUGUUGACCUCAUAGACAAUUCUCUUUUUUUUGUUUUUGAUCAGCACCUAUCAUGGCUGCUUCAAACAAAGCCGGCGCCCUUCCUUGCAGUGUAUCCAAACUUGCAUGUCACAAACUCCUUACCAACCUUGAGGAGAAUGUAAUCGAGUGUGAAAGUGCUGUGCUGGAAAUUUUGAAACUACAGGUUCCUUCGAACGCUGUGCUUUUCAAUUACUUUAAUUCAAUCUCUUUUUCACUUGGUAAUUUCUUUUUUUUCUCUGCACUGUGUAGAGACUGCAAUGCAAACUGCAGUCACAAUUUGUGAGCGCAGUGAUUUCCAAUGCAGGGGUAUGCAGUUAUUAUUAAUAUUAUUUUUUCUAAUUUAGUUCUUUUUACUACAAAUUAUAUAAUAUUUUCACCCAUUUAAAUUUGAGAAACAUGACCUAAAUUAAAAUAAAAGUAAAAUAUGUUUAGGUAAACUAGCCACACAAAAAUAAUCAACAAGCGUGACGCCACCAUGGCCAGUGAGGCUAGUCUAGCCAGUCCUCUGGCCACCUCACACAACCAACAAUGAAGGCCUGUAAGUGUUGCUACACUUCCUCAGAGAGGACGAGUUAACUCCACUAAACACUGUUUUUAGUGGAGCUUAAAUAUGAGUCUUCAUGGUGUACAUCUAAAGAGGGGGAAAUUAUUAUUUAAUCUCGUGUUGAAUUUGUAAGUUUGCUCACUUACAAAGAAAUGAACAGACUCUAAUUUUAUGGUUGUUUCAUUUUAAUGGAGUGAGACAGAACAUCAACCAAAAAUUCAGUUUAUAACUUUUUACGCAAUGUGGAUUUUUGGUUUAUUUUUUGUGACUCCCCCCAAAAAUCAAAAUCAAAAAUGAAAAUUAGAGUUCAUUUCUUUGUAAGUGAGCAAAUUUACAAAUUCAUCAGGGGAUCAAAUAAUUAUUUCCCACAUUAAAUAUAGCCGUCAUGAGUGAGUGACUAAAAAAAAAGGGGAUACAGAUCAGUGUGACAAAUGUUUCACAGGAUGCUCAGUGGCUGUAAGAAUAACAUCAGUUAAAGGAUCGAAAAGAAAGAGGAAGUAUUGACAAAAGCACUGUAUUGAUAAUGUGAGCAAUUUGUGACGACUUACAUAAAGGAACUUCCCUAAUAACAGUGCUCAGCAGUGCUUCAAAUUCACUGCUAAUGUCAACAUGCUAACAUGGUGAUCAGAUUAAACAGUGAGAAAGUUCUAGUGUUUAAUUUGAUGCCAAACUGGAACAAGAUACAUUCACUGGCCACUUGUUUGCUUAUAGAACUGCCUUAAUUCUUUGUAGCACAGAUUCAACGAGGUGCUGGAAGCUUUCCUCAGAGAUUUUGGUCCACGUUGACAUGAUAGCAUCACACAGUUACUGUAGAUUUGUCAGCUGUGCAUCCAUGGCGUGAAUCUCCUGUUCCACUACAUCGCAGACGUCCUCUAUUGGAUUGAGAUCUGGUGACUGUGAAACCAGUUUAUGACAGUUUGAGCUUCGUGACAUGGUGCUUUAUGCUACUGGAAGCAGUCGUCAGAAGAUGAGUACAGCAGCAAAACUCGGUUUUGUCACGCUGUGUUGUUUAAACAAUGCUCAGUUGUUGCUAAGAGCCCCAAAGUGUGCCAAGAAAAUAUUCCCCACACCAGACCACCGCCUGCAGCAGCCUGAACCACUGACACAAGGCAGGGUGGAUCCAUGUUUUCAUGCCGUUUACACCCAGUUCUGAUCCCUGUUGCAACAGCAACUGGGAUUCAUCAGACCAGGCAAUGUUUUAGCAAUCUUCUGUUGCUCAAUUUUGUUAAUGUUAUGCAAAUUGUAGCCUCAGUUUCCUGUUCUGAGCUGACAGGAGUGGCACCCAGUGUGGUCUUCUGCUAUCUAGGCCAUCUACUUCAAGGUUAGAAGUAGUGUGUGUUCAGCAGUGCUCUUCGACAUACCUUAGUUGUACCGGUUUGUUAUGUGAGUUACUGUUGCCUUUAUCAACUCAAAGCAUAAGGUAUUUUCACCCAGAGAACUGCCACUCACUGGAUAUUUUCUCUUUCUCACACUAUUGUCUAUAAACCCUAGAGAUGGCUGUGUGGGAAAAUCCCAGCAGAUCAGCAGUGUCUGAAAUACCCAGACCAACCCAUCUGGGACCAAAAACCACAUCACGUUCAAAGUUGCUUGAAUCAUCUUUCUUCCCUAUUCUGUUACAUGUUUUGAACUUCAGCAUGUCAUCUUGACUGUGUCUAAGUGCCUAAAUCUACUGUGUUACUGCCCUGCGAUUGGCUGAUUAGAGAUUUGCAUUAACAAUUACUUGACCAGGUGUAUGUAAUGGAUUGGCUUAUGAAUAUGGGACCAUGUUAUCAAGAAUCUUAUUAGAUUAGAUUAGAUUUCUUAUUAGAUUAGCAAAAGAAAGGGUAAUCACCAAAGUGAAAGUCAUCCACAAGUGAUACAAAAUAUUUAAGAUAUAGAGAUUUUUGAGAUAUUUCAAUUCAAUUUCCAGUUUUAUUUGUGUCAAAUCACAACACCAGUCACCUCAAGGCACUUUAUAUUGUAAAGUCCCCACAAUAAUACAAAGAAAACAGAAAACCUCAACAAUGAAAAGAACACCGUUGGAGCAAGCACUCGGCGACAGUGAGAAGGGAAAAAAAUCCCUUUUAACAGGAAGAAACCUCUGGCAGAACCAGCCGUCCCUCAGGGAGGGACAGCCACCUGCUGGGACCGAUUUCACUCAGCAGUAAGGCAGAAUGCAAAGUCAGCCAAGAUCACAAAAGUCAAGAUCACUGGAUAGAUUGCUAUUCAGUAAAAAUGACUAGAUGUUACAGUCCCCAUGCAUUAUCAGGGACUGUAACAUCUAGUCCUUUUUACUGAAUAGCAAUCUAUCCAGUGCAUUUUGCCACCAGAUUGAUGAACUAUGUUAUGUUUUAGUCUUUAAGGCCAUGUUGAUAGGAUGGCCUUUAUACCCAGAGAAGAAUUUACCCCUCUCCAUAUACAAUAAACCAUGUCUGAACACCAGAAAUGACUGUUCCAGUGUAGAUCUUGAAGACCCACACUAUGACUAAUAUUCUCCUACACUGUAGGUUUGACCACUUUACUACUCUGAGCACCUCUGGUAUGCGCAUUUCCGUUUCCAAUUAUACCGAGACCAUGUAUGCCAUGAAAAAGGCAGCAAAGGCAACUGACAUUUACAAUAGUUUAUUGUGGAUUUGUGAAAUAAAUUAAAUGAAUCAGCAACCAGCUUGACCCGAGUAUACACGCGCACACACACAUACAGGUUAAGUACAAACACAUACUUAAAAACACCCUUUAAUCUUUUUUGUGAUGAUUUGAUAUGCCUACUGCCUGAUCCGGAUUUCAGUUUCAUGCACAUGGUCUCAAAUGCAAAACAGCAACUGAAAGCAAAUAAGGCCAUUUUACUACACUUGAUUACACUGAUUGAAUAACAGUUACAUAAAUAGUGAACUAGAUCUAUGCCAGAGGGACUGUCAGUGUGAUAUAAAGUGUUUUUUUGUUUUGUUUUUUCUGGAAAAUUAUGUGUUCUCUUCACAUGAAGUCAGUCGUAUCCACACAACUUGAGGUCAGCCAUGACACAUGCAUGGUAUUAGUGCUCGUUCUUUCUUUACAAACCAAAGAGAAAAAAAGAAAAAGCCAUUUCUCAGCUGCAGCUGUAGGAGCACUGACACACACAGCCCACCUCCCACACCAUGAAUUUCUAAGACAUCCCUACCACCUACACAGCAUGGUGUUCUGAUUGCACUUGAGUAUCAUUACAUUAAACAUUUGACGCAGCCUGUUACAUUCCAGUGAAAAUCUACAGACUUGUUAUUGGACGGUUAAGGA